UCAGCAUUCUUAAGUUGAUUGUAUUUGGCCGUGUGUGUUAAUUUUCGCUGUGUUUGUCUGAUUUGUUUAGGGGUUGAAUUUGGCUUAAUCGAUGUUCCUCCAGCAGUGUACAGUGAUGGAGCUCAAUGCGUAUCGAGCAAAUGAGGUUUUGGAACCGGUAGCCGUGCAGUACUGCCCUGACAGCCCGCGGUCCGCGAGCCCUGCGCCCGUCCUGUCCACAAAUGUCUGCUGUGACUUGGAAGACAUCUUGAGCGACGCCAUAACAGAGUCGCUUCAAACCUCGCUACGACUGAACCACAGUCAGCUGAUCAACCAAGAGUUGACCAUACGGCCGGAGGCUAACAUAGAACAAAACGUACCGGACGGACUAGACUUGUACAAGGUCAUAUUUGAGGUGGAAAGCGACACCGAACCAGACAUGGCUGAAGACGGAGUUGCAGUGCAGAAUCACCCUCUACAAGAGCCGGAAUCCUGCCGGCUGGUCGGCGGCUCCAAGUUCUACCAAGUAAUGGAGGGCGCGGCCUCCGGAGACGGCUGCACCCCCUCCCCGACAGAGAAACACGACCAUAUGAAGCCGACAGACAGCGAGGACGAAGUUUCAGACGUGGACCAAGAAUGCACCGUGUUCAGCGGUGUCAGCUACCUAGGAGCCCAGAACAUAGCCGACCCCAAAUCUGAGACGGACAUACAAAGGAUCAUGAAGGAACUCAGUUCCAUGCCUGAGAGCAGAGACGGCAUUGCGGUGUCUAUUUCUAUACCUGUCUGCUCGCAAGGGCUCGUUGUGCUAUACCAAGCGGACACGAACAGCGUCAUGACGCGCUACUCCGUCAACCGGAUCCUGUUCUACGCGCGCGGCACGGCCGGCUCGCCCGUCGCGUCCUGCUUCGCGUUCACGUGGUCCCACGGCGAGACGAGGGAGUCGGCUGUAUAUCGCUGUCACGUGUUCCGCUGCCACAUAGCGGAGGCGGUCAGCCAGGUGUCAACUUGCUUCGCAAAGGCGUUCGAGCGCACGCUGCCGCGCUCGAUGGCGUCCUCGGUCGUGGGAGAGCUGAGCGCCGCACCGUCCAUGACCGGGUCACUCACGGACAACCUCCCCCCCUGCGCGCCCCCCAUGCAGCUCAUGCACGUGCUCGAGGUCACUGUGGAGAUCAAGGAGACCGAUGCUAAGGGCACAUACAGCCAUGUACCUAAAGAGCGUCUAGGCUUUAAACUGCGCGGCGGCAUCGACAAGCAGGUCACCAUCAACGUCCAGCAGGUCACCAGCAGCUCACAGCCGGUCCAGGUCGAGGGAGACGAGUUCCAGGUACCAUAUGGAGGCCUCUACAUCGAGCGCUGUUUUGGCAUCCUACUGGCUCCGGCGCGAGGUGUCAAACACCCGGACAUGAGGCUCCUAGAAAUGGUUAGCGGCUCCUCAGGGGUGUCCGGGUGCUCCGGCUGCGCCCUCUGGAACGCCGGGGACUCCGCCCUGGCCGCGUUUAACGUUGCCAGCGGCGACGGCGCCCCUUCAUACAUGUCCAUUGCCCUCGACCUGGUUAUCAGGGGCAUACCGGAUCCACUACGGCUGGUGAUUGAAACCCCGGUGAAAAUAUAUCCGCCGACUGAGCGCUUCUGGUACUACUCGAAAAGACCGCUGGUGCAACAGUUCAUCAUCAAUUUGAAAGAGACGGUAGACGUCCAAGGCAUGCUCCAGUACGAAGUCGCCAACGUGGAGACAUCGGGCGAGUUCGACCGUUCGCGUCUCAACUUACCCCUGCUGUCCAGCCUGCUGCCCUCGCCGCUCUCUAACGCCCCCGCGCCGCCCUCGCCCCUCGAUGACUCAGAUGGCGACGAGCCCAUGCUUAGCGGCACCGGCGACGUCUCAAAAGACUGCGGCGAGGAGGUGCUCGAGAACUGGGCCAAUGUUCUCAGGAGUUGGACCGGACCUCGCCCUAAAACCCUAGACAACCUCGUCCGCACCAAAGGGGUCCCAGAGGCGCUCCGCGGCGAGGUGUGGCUCCGGCUCGCCGAGGUCGAGCAGUGCGACAAGCUCAUGGAGACCUACAGGACGCUGAUCAGUCAGGAAUGCGAAGAGGAAGCGGUGAUCCAACGUGACAUAGCCCGCACCUUCCCCGCCCACGAUUUCUUCCGCGAGGCCGGAGGCCUCGGGCAGGACUCGCUACUGCGCCUGGGCCGCGCCUACGCCAUCUAUGACUCGGAAGUUCGAUACUGCCAGGGACUGAGCUUCUUAGCGGCCACGCUAUUGCUACACAUGCCGGAAGAGCAAGCUUUCUGCCUCCUUGUGCGUCUCAUGUACGGCUACGGUCUACGGGAACUGUACAAGGAUGGGUUCGAAGAACUUUACAUGAGGCUGCAUCAACUGGAUAGGCUUAUGGAGGUGCAGCUGCCAGAUCUCCGCGCCCAUUUCCAGCAGCUCGGCGUGGAGCCGCACAUGUUCGCCUCCCAGUGGUUCCUGACUGUGUUCACGGCUAGAUUCCCGCUGCCUCUCGUGUACCACAUCCUAGACGUAUUCCUCCUGCAAGGCAUAAACACGUUGUUCCAAGUGGCCCUGGCGUUGCUGACUCGCUCCCGCCGAGACUUGUUACAACAUGACUUCGAAGGCGUACUCAAAUACUUCAGAGUAACGUUACCGAAAAAAUGCCGCUCGGAAGAAGCUACAUCUCACGUGAUUAAGCUCGCGUGCAGCAUCAAGGUGCCGCAGCGGCGGCUGCAGAAAUACCAGCAGGAGUAUGAGAAGUUCGUCAAAGAAGCGGCGGAUAAGGAGAAGUUCAACGACGAACUGGAACGACUGAAGACCACCAACAGCCAGCUGCAGAAGGAGAAAGAGACGCUCGAAACGCAGUUGGCUGAGAGCCGCGUCUCGUUCGAGGCUGUCCGUAAAGAGACGGCCCACCACGCGGCCGUGGCGCGCGACUACCGCGACAUCUGCGCGCGACUCGACAAGCAGCUACACCAGAUGCAGGACUACACCAAGGCCUGCACCACGUGCAGCGUUAAAAUAGCGCAGAAAGACAACAAGGAAGAAUCCGAACAAGAAAGCGACAAGGAAAGCAGUAGCGACACAGAAGCGCAACUAAGGCAGCGCGUGCGAGACUUAGAGCUAGAGCUGGCUCAAGUCAAGCUGGCUUUAGUCGAGGCGCAGUGUAGCAACCAGGAGCUAAGCCACCAGCUGAACGCGGCCCUCAACGAGGUGCAAUCCGCCAUGAACCAGAAGCAAACCGUCGCUCCCUGGCUGGUGCGCACGCUCGGAUCCAUUAUGGAGGCGGCACAGAACCGGCCGUCUUUCCAGACUUACCUGCCCACUGACGCGCCAGCGCAGCCCCUGCGGCGCCAGGGCUCCUUCACUGGCUCCCAGGGUCAAGCAGGCCACGGGCACGCCAACCUCGACCGCCGCGUGUCAGAGCCGACGGACGCCGUGGUCACCCGAAGGAGGCCCGAAGACCCCAAACGGCACUCCAUGGUCGUGGACACCCCGCGCGAGCCUAAAGACAACAGGCGGAGCCACGACGGACACUCCGUGGGUUGAGGAGUUUGGGACGCGCCCUGGUAUUUUUGCUCUUAAGUUUUAUAAUUUCGGUGGUAUCUUUAUUAGGGCGACAUUACUUUUAUAUCAUUUCGGUGGCAAAACCAUGGUAUGUUACUUUCAAGUAAAAGGAUUUCUUGUGUUGGCGACUCUUUGGAAAACUAAUACAUUAUAACCAUGUCGUUAUUAGGUACCUCUCGCGCGCUCAUAAGCAUUCGGCUGCCAUGGUCACCAGAAGGAUGCCCGAAAACCCCAAUCGGCAAUCCAUGACUGUGGUUACCCCGCGAGCCUAAAGCGAAUAGGCUGUGACCCAUGACGGAUAGUCCAUGGGUUAAGGAGUUUGUGAUACGCCCUGAUAUUUUACUCUUUUCAUUUCGUUGGCAUCUUCAGCCCAGCGGAUGUUACUUUUAUAUAAUUUCGGUGGUAGAACCUUAAGGUUAGCGGUUACUUGCGCAAUUCCAGCGGUGUAACAAGCGAGUUGACCCUUGCAAACAAUCCUUCUGAGGGGAAACAGGGCAAAUAAACCCUUUUUACGUCGAGGUCUACGAAGAAAAGGCAGAAUGUGACCAAGACUCUCAUUACUUUUUGUAAUUUAUUUAAUACGUUGUCUUAAGCCUGUGGUUUAGUCUUUGGUAACCCGAAAUUUCUAGCGCGUUGGAUUAAAAAAAAACGAAAACACUUUUAGUUAACUUUAUAUCGUUAACGCAAAUCAACUUACGAGCAAAAUACUGGGGUGUGGUCUUCAUGUUUUUUUGUGAUAAUGAGUUGUCCAUGAUUACGCUAUCCUGAUACCGGAACAUCUCACCACGGGAGUGAUAAAACGGGUUGUCAUUCAAAAUACAUUCACUUGAAAUAUGAUACUAAUUCUCUUCGAUAUAAGAUUCAUUUUGUAUUGAAAUUUGUACAUGUGUGUUGUGGGUACAUCGAGGCUUAGUACUUAUUUUCAAUGUCAUGUAUUUUACUAACAAUCUACAUAGGUUUUAGCGGGUUAAACACCGUCAGUAAUUAAUGAUGACAUUAAUACUGAUGGUGCCGACUCCACAUUUAUGUUAUAAGUAGCUAUAAGUGUGUAGGAGAUGUAUUGGAUAUAUAAAUGUGCACAUAACCCUAGUCCUUGUAUUACAAUAAUACGUUGUUAAUGUAUGUUAAUCGAUAUUAUUAAUUAAUAAUUCACUUAUUAUAUUGUAUUGUAGGUUAAGGUUCACGUAUGCGAAAGUUUACGUCACAUCAAUAUUAUUACGUUAGCAAUAAUUUAUUAUCAUAUUAUACUUUCAUUCAUUUUAUGUAUUCUCUUUUUUGUGUGAUUAUAAUUGUCCAAACUUAGUAGUAAUGCGUUAAUAAUAUUUCAAUAUCUUAUUACGUGACUGCUGACAGUACGCAUUUUUCAACACUAUUUAUUCAAAAUAAUUUAGAAUGAGAUGUAAUAUUCUCUAAAACUACAGUGUCUGUAAUGAAACUGAAUGUAACAUUGCUUCCUGCACCCUCGAUAAUAACCAUAAAAAUCUGAUUUUCUAAAUGCACAAUAGUAUUGUCAUGCGAGUAUCAAUAAUAAUGAUAGUCUAAUCCGGCUCUUUCAUCACUUGUAGGUGUGAUACGUGUGGCCAUUUAUUUAGAUUGCCAUAGCACGAGUGCCUUUGGUAUGGUAAGAUUAAUGUGCUUUGCACGGAAACUAAUGUCAUUUCAAAUGUCAAAGGGGUUGACCAGUGACCACCACCGGGGGCCUAUGUCCAUUGAUAAAUCAUAUUGCAACGAGAUAAGCUACCGUUGUCAGUUUAGAGAGAGCUAACGCAUAAUUGUAGUUUCAUUUUAAACUUUGACACGUUUAAAUCAAGGGAAAAUGUCAAAAUAAAAACAUACGGAGACUAGAUACCUCGCCUUAAUGACAUUACUUUCGUGCGAAGGUACUUACGUAUGUUGUGACGUGUUCCUCAUAUUUAUUUAUAUUUGGAUUAAGUGGUGUGUCGGAUCGUGGUAGUGUAUAAUAAGUAUAAAAACGAAUUGAAAAAUUGGAGUAGGUCAAAAAUAGAACGGUUAGGUACUUUUGUACGGCCCCUGUGUUUCAUAGGAUUGGUUUUAUGUCAUUCGAGUAUUACCCGUUGGGAUAUGAAAGGUUUUUUUUUAUCAGAUCCUAAUUUUAUUACAAAGUGGAUUAACCCGGAAAAAAUAUGAUGGACACAGGAUCUGUUUAAUAGAUCGUAUUGUUCUAAUUCAAGAUAAUUAUGUACUGAACGUAUACAUCGUAGUUAAUUUCUAAAAUCUGCACAUACAAGUAUCCUUACCACAGACUGAAUUAGAACAAUACAUUCGAUAGCGACUGCGUUAACUAACUCACAAUGCAUCACCCUCGUACUGAUAGUGGUGCAAGCGAAAUGCACUGCAUUUGAGAUGAGACGCAGAGCAGUCGCUAUCUUUUACCGCGUAAAACUCAUGGUACGAGAAUUGAUCCACAACUAUGCCAUACUCUUAUCCUAAAUUGAGUUUGUUUUCCUUUGGGUAGUUGUACAGUUAAAGACCGACAAGAAAUUGUAGAAAUUAAAAAGUGGCAACAUCGUAGUGUCAAAUCAAUCUAAGAAAAAAGGACGACGCUACGAUGUUGCCACUUUAUAAUUUCAACAAUUUCUUGUCGGUCUUUUUUUUACUGAUUAUAAUUAAUUUAUUAUCUCAUAUCUCGAGACAUUUAUAUCGGCUUAUUUAGAGAGGUACCAAAAGUAGAAUAAACACGUCAACGUUUAUUGCAUAUUAGUACGUAAUACCUUAGAGUUAAGGUAUACUAUCGAAGCAGGGCAUGGUCUGCAUUCCUUUGUCUCAUUGCUUAUAUCACUGCUUGAAUGCUAGAGGGAAAAAUGUGACAUUUUAACAACAGUCGCUAUACAAAAAUAACGUUGCAACCUUUAAAACUCUUAUAACUAAAAUAUCAUACUAUGUUUUUAUUAAUAAGUAACUGUUCUAUAUUUAUUAUAUGUACAUGAUAUCACUUUAGCAUUCAAGUUACCCCCUUUGCAGUUCUAUUAUAUCCCUCACGUCUGUAUAUGUAAAAUGUAUCGUUUGUUCUAAUGGUUAAGAUUAGAAUUGGUGUCCAAAUGAUCUUCUAGAAAAAAAUCGAAAUUAAAAAAAAUAGGGACCUAAUGUAAUUUUUAUUUAACGAUAUUGACAUGAUAAUACUUAUAUUUAAUAAUUAUAUUCGCUAUUAAAUUUAAAUUUUUAAUAAUGUCAAUUGAUUAUUUGCUGAUGGUAUUAUGAAAAACUGAAAACCACAUUUCGAAGUGAAAAUAUAUGUUAUUUUCUUCGAUUUAGUGUGAUAUCAUGAUAUGUCAUAUACCUGCCUAUGAUUUUAGAGAGAAAGACAGAGAAGUGUCUGUAACCCCCUCCUGUAGUAUACCAGGGUGUUUAUGUUAUAAAUAAUCUGUUUAUAAGUAUAUUUCAGGUACGGACGGACACUUUAUGCAGACACCUAACACCAUAACAAUAUAAAAAUCGUUUUACGAGUAGUAGUAGGUUUAAUACUAGGAUUUAAAGCAAGCUGUGUAAUUUUUAUUCUUAACUGUGUAAGUACAGUCGGUCGGAGAUUAUGUUGAGUAUUUCAGCCUUUUUUAACCGACUUGAAAAAAAGGAUGUUAUAUAUCGUAUUAUUUAAAUGAUACAGUCAACUGCAUCUGUAUAAAUAUCUUGCGCAGACGCAAAUAUGAUCGCGUAUGGUGAAUGUACCUAUGCGACAAGGUUGUAAAUAUUUUCAGGGGCCGACUGUACAAUCAAGAAUAUGAUAUAGUCACGGAGGAAAUGUCCAAAAUGAUCUGAACUCUAAAGUAGCACGAUCGUUUGAACAGCUUCUGCCGCUGACUGUACAAGGCUUAUUCUUAUUAAUAAACCGCUGCCAUAUAACGUGUCUCACCUCAUCACAUCGCCUUAGUUUUUAGUUUCACCAAAAUGAUUUAUUGGAAAAAUGUAGCUAUCGAUUAGUAUACAAAUUCCAUCCAAUUUUUUUUUAGUGUUAAAGCAUGUUCGAAAUAGCUGCAAGAUAAUGUUAUAAUUCUAUAGUUUAACUCGCGGCUAUCGGUCUUCGUGGCAUGUAGUUUUUACUCUUUUUUCUGAUAUAGUCAAGUGUAAAAAUUAUGGGUGCACUCAUUAUACUCAAAAAUAUGUCCCAUCCCAUAGCUCUUAUGGCAGCGAAUUAAGAACUAUGGAACAUAUUUUUGGAGUAAGCUGUAUGCAUCCGUAUUUUUACACUUGACUGACUUAUUCACACCAGAAACUUUCGAAGUAUGUCUUCAAAAAAAUAUUUAUUAAAAAUAUUAAGGACUGUUUUAACCUCCUAUAGCUAUCCUGCUUCACUUUCUCUGGCCUCGUGUUUUAACACUUUUAACUUUAAUCUUACUAAAGUCGGACUAAGCUAACUCGGCAUGGCAUUUGUAAUGGCAAAGUAUGGAAUUGUCAUCAUUAAUGUCAAACUUCUAUGACAAUAUGACGUUUAUAUGACUUUGUCCUAUUAAAGUCCGUGCAAAGGUACCUUGGACGGACUCUAUCUAAUCUUAUCCUUAUUAACCCUGUGAACUCCACUCCUUUAAUGCGAGCCGCGUCAUCGUGAACUUUACCGGAAUGCACGAAGGUUGAUGAUGAUGAUGUAGUGCAUAAUUAUUUUCCAUCGUUUUUUCACGGUAACGUACGAGUGUGUCUUGCUAUUUAGUCAGUCUCGGUACAAAAAGUACUGACGUUGACUGAAUUAGCAUGACAAAUACGAACGCUUGCGAGAAAAUACGAUGGAAAACUAUUAUGCUCUACAUAUGUAUUGGGUUGUAGCCGCGCGCGCCAGUUGACUCCUUCGGCGGGCAAAGAGUAUGACUUUUUUGCCAUCACUGACAUAAAUUCGUGAGUUAAACUGUAGAAUAGUGUUAGCGUAUUUAAAUUGAACUAGCCGCAGUGUAGUUUUGUUACAUUUGAUAUUGUGGAACAGUACAAACAGUAUACAAAUUACAUGAGCUUAAUAAACAUUUGUAAGCUAGCCGAUUAGCCAUAUGGUAGAAUGCAUAGCGCUUAUUAUUUGCCUAAAGGUAGAGGUCCACCCACAGGGUUGCUUCGGACGCAUCGCACGUCAGCCCACUUGUGUGACCUAUACAAAGAAUACUAAAAUCUGUUCCGUGCGAUCCGGCCAUGUGGACGUCUACCUUUAUAACACUGGUUUUGACAGAAUUGUGAGGUUGCCUUUUGGACGCCAAUAACGCCUAGAGUUGUCAUGUGUAAUUUAUGAACGAUGGCGUUCAAAGGGUGUAUAGUCAUAAGCCUUAUGGGAAUAUAGUUCAGAGCCGGAAACCGCUACCAACUUUUAGUAUG